CGCGCCCUACAGGUCUCAGACAACGGCUAAACUUAUGUACGACCUGCCGAAGACGCUCAAGCAGUACUUCGAGCUGAAGCAGAAGACCUACUACGAAUUCCCCGGGAGCUUCAUCAGCCAAGCUCUGUUCUUCAUACCGAACUGCACCUCCAUCUACAGUCGUAAUGGCAUGGGCUGGGACCCCUGGCAGGAGCUCCUCGGCAAGCUGGGUCUCCAGGGAUGGCCGUUUCCGAACGUCUCGCCUGAAUGGAACGUGUCCGGUACCGCGGGGUUCGUCGACGGCACGCUGGGAAUCUUCCCGUUCACUGAGGUGAGAGUGGUGAGCGAGUACGCCCGCGACUACUCCGUGCAGCUGGAUGUUCCCAGGACGAUACUACGCCGCCACCAGCUGCGGUACACCAACGAGAACCUGUUCAACUACAGCCAGGUUGUGGCCAGGGCCCUGAGCAUCCUCAACGUGAUGGAGAACGUCGAUCUGCUCGCCGAGAACAUCGUAAUUCUUGAAAUGAGGCUGGAAGAAGCCGUGGAAAUGAAGACGUUUGUACCACCACUCGCCCGCAAGAGGUCUCUGGCGAGCUUGCCCAGGAGCCAGAAGUGGAGCUGGAGAGACUACGUGGACGUCAUCUUCCGGUACCCGCUCAACAAGGUGGAUGUCGUGGACGCGAUGGCCCCGGAGUACCUGACCGACGUGGCGGACAUCAUGGACAACACGUCUUACACGACGCUGGCCAACUACAUCGGCUACAGGACCAUGGUUCACCUGUCUGCGAUGCUGCCGGACGAAGCCGAGUUCCUCGUGCCACUCAGCCGUGAAAAACUCGUCGUGGGCGUCGGAGAACGCUUCCAGGCGUGCGUCCACCUUCUAGAAGACCUGUUCCCGUUUGGCAUGCGCAUGUUCACCCUCAUGACGCUGGGCGGCGACAACCCGCUCAAGUACUCGACCGCACUGGACAAUCAGGUGGAGCACAUGUUCAACCACACGCAGAACCUGAUGGCCAACUUGGUUCAGAACGCGUACUGGCUCAAUCCCGUGGAACGGGUCAUCGCCAAGGAGAAGAUACUGAACGUCAACUUUGACUUCAUGGGCAACGCCGUUCGCGAUCUGAGCAUUCCGGCGCUGUACUACGACCCCAAGGCACCACCGUUCGAUGGCUUAAAGUUGCUGCAGAGCUUCUACGCCAUCCAGGCGAACACCAAGCGGACGUACUUCGACCCUUGGCACCGGACCAUGGACUUGGACAACCGCCACCACGUGAGCAGUCUGCACCCGGACAUCGAGUACGUGCACGGAAAGAACAAGCUGUUCAUGCCGUACGUCGUGGUGGCCUUCUUGAGGGGAAUGUCGAACAGUUUGGAACCCCUGUUUGUGCCAAUCGUGGCGCAGUUCUUGCUCAAGGGACUGUUCUACGCAGUGGACGAUAGGGGAGCUUCGAUAGACCACCGAAAUAGGAUCAUCGACUGGUGGAGCAAGGCUACCGCCGAAAAGUACGCCCACAUCCGGGACUGCUUCUUCAAGCAGUACAAGGAGGAGAUGCAGCUCAAGCUUCCGGACCUGGACAUGGUGGGCGACCUGGCGGACGACAUCGCCGACAAUGCGGCCGUGGCCCCGCUCUACGACUACUACCUCAGCCUGCUGGGCAUGGAUACCAUGACGGCGCGCAGGACCAGGGCGCCGUUUGGGGGCUUCACGCUGGAGCAGAUCUUCUUCGUGUACUACGCGCUCAGCCAGUGUGAUCACCGGAGCCUGGCGUACGCCAAGCGGGUGCUGGGAUUCGGCGAGACGUCGCCCGAGAUCAAGGUCAACAUACCGCUGCGAAACUUCGCGAAGUUCUCGGAGGCCUUCGGCUGCCAACCGGGAAACGAGAUGAGCCCGCAAGACCGCUGUCUCGUGUGGUAG